GAUGGCGGACAAAGUGCAGUUUACUGGAAGUGAAGAUUUGUUGAAUUUGGACGGGCUAUUGUCUGUCACAAAUAGUUUAGGAAGCAGUAUUUUAGAUUCGGAUACUUCAAAUCGAUCCAGCUCGUUUCAACUAUCUUCAAAACACGAUUCCAGCUCAGCUAUGGUUGACUUGGAAAUGGAUUUACCCACAGUCAAAGACAUGCCGACAUUGGAAAGUAUCCUCAAUGAGGAGGAUGAUGUUAGUGGUCUGGUAGUUGAUAUCACAUUAGAGGAUAUUCUUAAGGCAGAAAAACCAUCGACCAGUGAAGCCAACCGAGGUUCUGCUGGUGAAACAAAACAUGGUUCAAUUCUUAGACAUGUUGCUUUGAAAAAAAUUUCUGCUCAAGUGCAAUCUGCUUCUAGUCGUAUUGAAGCUGGCUUGCCAACAGCUAUGGCUGUCUCAACAAUUAUUGCUGUGGGGACAUCUCAUGGAAUUGUUCUAAUAUUUGAUGCUAAGCAAACAUUGCAGUUGGUUCUUGGAACAACAUCGCAAGGGGCAGAGUAUGGUGCAGUCACAGCACUAGGAAUAAAUACAAACUCAACCAGGUUGCUUUGUGGUCAUGCUAAAGGCCAGAUCACAAUGUGGGAUUUGACCACUGGUAAGUGUGUUAGAUCCAUCUUAGAUGCUCAUCCUCCAGGGAGUGCAGUACUUCACGUUCUGUUCACAGAUGAUUUAACAGAAGCUGUUUGCAGUGACAGUGGUGGAUCAGUUUUUCUACUUACUUUCAAGAAAGUAAUUGGGGUAAGGACCUAUGAUUCACAAGUGGUCUUUUCUGGAAGCCGUGGUGAGGUUUGCGUUUUGGCGCCGCUACACUUUCCUGAAUCAUUGAAAAGUAAUCCGUUGUCUGAGAGAUCUUUGCUGGCAUUGGCUACACUUACAAAGGUCGUUGUUCUGUCAUUAAGACCACAGUUUUCAGUUGUUUUUUCUUUUGGACUGAAGGGUUCUUUAGAUAGCUUGCCUCUUCUGGCUUGGAAUUUUGUAGUAAUUCAACACGAGGACUCAUCCAGACUGCUCACUCCAGUUCUGGCGUUCGCUCGAGAGUCUAAGAUAUAUUUCUGUAUGGCCCAUACGAAUGGUGAUGAUGAUAACAUCGUCUUUACGAAACUGGAUCUUAUCAAUACAAAGUUCAAAAUUAUAUCAAUUCAUUGGCUAGACUCGCAGUUGAUUGGACUAGUCGAUGCUCUUGAACGAAUCCAUCUGAUGGAUGUACGAAAUGGGGAAAUACUUGAGACAUUAGACCUAGACAGCGUCCAACUCGUGUACAGCAGCAGUUUCUUUAAGUCUUUAUCGAAUGGAGGCAAUGUCAGCGAAGCAUUGGCCCUAGCAAGCGAACACUCGUGUUACCAAUCUGUCGUGGGCUUUAACUCACAGCUUUUAAUCUUAGGAAGGCAGUCCAUUCAUCUUUUCACCAUUCGAACCUGGGAUGACAGGAUAUCCGUGUUUGUGAAUGGAAAUGAUUUUGUUGGUGCUUUGAAGUUAGCCUUGUCUUUCUACAAUCGAACUGCAAAAGCAGUUCUAGGUUUGAUUGGAAGUAAAGAAGAAAAAAAUAUGACAGUCGCUCGUAUGAUUGAAAAUCUUAUUCGUCGAUACGUUGAUAAAAUGUUGGAAAUGAUCCCAGAAAACAAAGAUUUGGAAAGCUUGAGAUCAUAUUUCAAGGAAAAUAUCCCUGUUUGUAUUGAUUACUGUGUGGCAAUAGGAAACAUAGAAUUAUUGCUCUCCAACAUUUACGAUAAAUUCUCAUCUGUCGAACUCACAAAAGAAGUUUUUCUUGAAAGUCUCCAGUCCUAUAUUGAAGAAGAUAGGCUGGUUUCCCUGACCCCGAUCGUCAUGAAAGAUUUUGUUGGUCAUUAUCAAAAGAUGGGAAGAUUAAAAGAUGUUGAACGAUGUCUUGUUCAUCUCGACUUAGUAAACCUCGACAUCGACCAGACGGUGAAAUUAUGCUGGAAAUACGAGCUGUACGACGCUGUUAUUUAUGUUUACAACCGCGGUAUGGCAGAUUAUGGAACUCCUCUUGAGGAACUGUUGAGAAUUCUGAAAGAGACGUCUGAUUCCCAAGUCCAUUUAAAUGAGUCCACUCACGAGCUUGGUUAUAAAUUGCUCGUCUACAUCAGCAGUUGUUUCGCCGGCAGAGCUUACUCUGUGGGAAAUAUACCAGAAGAACUGGUCAAGCCGGUUAGAGAACAGGUCGCCCGAACACUUCUCAAGCCCAGCAUGGUGGACAGCUCAAAUGGUGAUACUUACCCAAAUAUUAGAACUUUGUUGGAGUUUGACACUGCGGAGUUCCUGAACGUCUUGUCUCUCGCGUUUGAAGAAGCUGAUUUUGACGAGGACUGUGGAGUCAUAAAUUGCGUGGCUGGUAGACAGAGAUUUAUUGAUGUGUUGCUUGAGGUUCUGGUGCAAGGAACUGGUUUUACGCCAAUUCAAGUUGGUUCAUUCUUCACAUUCAUGGCUCGUCAAAUGGCAAAACAUAGCAAAAUAUCACUAAACAAAGUUCUCUUUGAACAAGUUUUGGAAUAUUUGUCAAAUCCUGAGGACAUGGUUCGUCAUAAUGAGCGCGAACAGGCGCUGUUGGAAUUACUGGACUCCGGAGCUUUGAGGCAAUUUGAUGAGGAAAGAAUAUUGGUCUUAGCUGAAAAUGGAAAAUUUUAUCAAGUGUGCGAGAUUCUUUACAUUCGGAGACGUCAGUAUGGAAAAGUAUUGAGUUGUUAUUUCAGGGAUCAGUCAAGACAGAAUCAAGCAUUUGAGUUCGUUAAAUUAAAGAUGACGGAUGAUUCCUACACAGAUCUUGACCGAGCCGAACUGAAACAGACUGUUCUAGAAAACCUACUGGAAUUUGUUGCUGUUGAUACCAGAAGAACUGCCCAUAUGAUAAUGGCUUAUUUCCCUGACUCUCUUAAAUGGGCCAUUCAAAAACUAGAGGACCAAAGACAAAUUCUUUACAACUUUUUAAAAAGCGUUUUUGAUAUCAGUGAGUCGUCCUUGUCGAAAUUUGAGCCACCUUCAGAUGCUACGACGAAUGAAACAUUUAUCGAGUUGAUGUGCGAGUUUGAAUCAUUGGCAGUUUAUCCCCAUUUGAGAAGUUCAAACAAUUACAGGCUACAAGAAACUUUAGAGAUCGUGAAAAGAUUUGAUAUAAUCGACGCCACAGCCUACCUGCUGGAAAAAUCCGGCGAUGUUAAGGGAGCUUUUGCUCUGUUACUCCAGGCUUUGGAGAAAUGUGUGAAGAAUGUUGACCAAGGUUUCAUCAACAGAGUUAAUUCAAAAGAAAUGAGCAUGGCUUUGACAACUUGCAAGACGACUCUUCUUGUUAUCAUUCAACUGUGUCAGAGGAACUCACGAAGAAUGGACGAGUAUGAACGAGAGAAUUUGUGGUUUCCCCUCCUGGAAGUAGUCAUGUCCCCGCAACGAAAACUCACAGACAUGACAAGUGACCAUUUUCUAGCAUUCAAAGAUCUCACUCGUCAUGUCUUAAACAGUAUGACCGGCCAUAUCUCAUUACCAAUGAUACUACAGAAGAUAAUGCAGGACCCGACGUACAAUUCUGGGAAAUUUGGUGAAAUACGAGAAUUGAUUAUGGGAAUGUUGGAUACGUAUAGUUAUGAAGAGACGUUAUUAACGACUACCAACCAUCUGUUAGCGUCAGAUCUUCAUCGCUCUCUGAGUCAUAUGAAAGGUCUCUUAAACCGUGGUGUGAAACCAAGACAUUCAAUAUGUCAGUUAUGUCAGCGGCCGAUACUGAUGGGAGAAACAUCUUCGAAACACAGUGACCUAAUUAUUUUCAGAUGUGAGCAUUGCUGUCACACAGAAUGUUUGCGAAAUGAAUUUGGCGACGACAGGAACUGGUCGUGUCCGAUAUGUUCAAAGAAGAAUAUCACACGGCGUGUGAGCGCUUCUGAGGAACGACCUUUAGAGUCGACACGAACAGAGAAAUCAAAGAAGACUCCAACAUUGAGCAGUGAACAAAUAGAGGCUCUCAGCCGCUUAAGAAAGAAUCUCAAAGGACCUUCCAGAUUAAGAAUGUUGAAUGAACUAUCCAAGGGCAAUGAUAUGAGUGGUCGUAGAUCAAGGUUUGGUGCAAAAAACUUGUUACAAGAUGACGAAUUUCAGUUGCAUCUCGCGCCUCGUUUCCAGUUCUCCUGACAGGUGAGACGUAUCAAUCCUAUGUUAGACACACUGAUCUAUAUGUUCAACUGUGGCUUUGAUUCUUAUAUGUACCUUGGUGGCUUCAUAUCUGGGAUAUUUCGAUCGAUACACUGGCUUCGCUGACACAUGUAAUCUCUCAUGCAGGCUCUCACAUUCACACCUCAACAUUUUAAAACUCCGCACAAGAAAUGAUUAAUUACAAAAUGGCGUUUUGUGGGUAAAUUCAAAUCAUAUGAAACAUUUUCUUGACCGCUGUGGUAUCAGAUGCAUCUUAUAUUCGAUAUUUGCUUGGCUUUAGUCGCUUUUAAAUAAUAUAUUGAACCGUAAUAAGGUUUCAUAAUCAGACUGUAAAUUUAGUACGAAUUAAAUAACCGAAUUAAAUUAAUGUAAAAUAAAUGUAUAUAUAGUCAGUUUAGAAAUUAAAGAUGUAUAUAAAAUUGUGCUCAACGUAAGGUGAUUGUAAACUAACAAGGUAUGUUGGUGGAUAUAA